AUGCAGUCUUCACUGCUCCUACUUGCAGCUCUCUCGCCUCUAGCCUUAGCACUUCCAGAGGCGAAGACCGGGAUCGCAAAACGUGCAAGCACUCUGAUCCCAACAUCAUGCUUUGACUCUACCUCUUCACUUACAGAGUACUUCGAGUACAACUACCCAUGGGGAGACACCCACAAUGGAGCCGCCAUAAUGAGCAGUGCUAAUGCCGUCAUUUCAACUGCUGGCACUUUGACUUUGAACGCAACAUAUACCGGUGCAUCGGACUAUGCAUACGACUCUGGAACGGUCUAUUCAAAGCAAACAUUCACUGUCGAAGCCUCGGGGGGUCUGGAUUUCUCAGCCGACUUCAUCGCCCCAGUGGCAACGGGAACAUGGCCUGCAUUCUGGCUAGAUGGUGCAAACUCAUGGCCUCCAGAGAUCGAUAUUGCGGAGUGGAAGGGCACCGGCGAUAUCAGCUUCAACACUUUCAAUACUUCCAGUGAAGUUGAAGCGGAUAAUGUUGAUUAUCCUAGCCCGACCGAGUUUCAUACUGUCAGGGCUGAGCUGCGCGACGAGAAUGGAAGUGAUAUUAGCGUGAAGUUUUAUCUUGAUGGUGAUCUUAUCACUACUCAAUAUGCUAGUGGCUUCACGGGACAGCCAUUGUACUUGAUUAUUGAUCUUCAGAUGGAGGGAAGUAGUGGGAGCCCUGGUCCAACUGGAACUACGCUUUAUGAGAUCAAGAAUUUGGAAGUGGUUAGCCAAAAUCCUUGA